GGAAGAACAAUGUCAAGGUGCUUGCCAUUUCCUCCGCCUGGUUAUGUUUGGCAUGGAGUGGAAGGAGAGGCCUUGAUUCAGUUGCUAAUCAAGACAAGAGACGAGAAACAAAAGCAAAGAGAGAAGAGGAGGAGGAAGAGGAAGCAACACGAGUGGAAGAAAAGGAGGUUGUCUGUUGUAAUUGAUCCCCUGGAUGAUUGUUCUGACAAUGGCAACUACGUCAAGAUGAAGAAGAAAAUCAGUUCGCAAUGUUUUAAUUAGAUUAAAACGUGAUCAUGAAGCAUUGAAAUACAAGUGUGGUGAUUAAGAGUUGCGAC